AUGUUCACUCUAACGGUUAAUAUGCGGCUGCAAAAGGAGGACAAAGACUUUGCUGACUGGAUACUUCAAGUUGGGAAUGGUACAGCUGCAACUGUGGAUAGCUUAUCUGAUAAACACGGAGAAGGAGAUCAGAUCGCAAUACCUACUAAAUUCAUGAUUCCAAAUUCAGGGCAACUAGAACGCUCUCUAACGGAUGCCGCCUAUCCAGACUUCACAAGCAACUACCAUAACCCCCAGUACUUAAGAGAGAGCGCAAUAUUAACUCCAACCAACGAUACAGCCCACCAGAUAAAUUCUUUCAUUCUCUUAUUGGUUCCUUCAAAAAUGAAAGAGUACUUGAGCUCUGAUAGUAUUGCGCAUGAGGCAACCUCACUUGCGGGUGACUGGACAUCAAACUACACCCAAGAAUACCUUAAUUCUCUGGAAUUCCAAGGCUUACCAACCCACUGCUUAUGUCUGAAAGUUGGAGCCCCCGUGAUGAUGCUUCGAAACCUCAACCAGAAAAACGGACAAUGCAAUGGGACAAGAUUAAUCAUUACCAGGCUUGGACACAGAAUCAUAGCAGCAAGGAUCAUGACAGGGACACAUAUAGGAGAGGAGGUACUUAUACCAAGGAUCCAGUUGUCACCAAACGUGUCUGUUCACCCAUUUACAUUUCGCUGCCGUCAGUACCCGAUACGGCUAUGUUAUGCAAUGACCAUUAACAAGAGCCAGGCCAGAGCCUCAAACAAAUUGCACUGUAUUUGCCACGAAGCGUAUUCAGCCAUGGACAGCUCUAUGUCGCUUUAUCCCGUGUGA